AUGAGAACGUAUCUCUGCAAAAAACCCAAAGGAAUCGCUUUAGAACCGAUGCUAAAGUUCAAGCAAUAUCUUUCUCGUCAAAACGUAAUGGGUGCUAUCAACAAAGAAAAAACUGCAAAAGUUCAACAAUACUAUACCAAUUUAAUGAAUAAUUAUCGCGAAUGGCAUAAGUCAACUAAUAUUCCAAAACAUAUAUCAGAAAAGAUUCGUACCUCUUUUGGCAUUUCUCAUAAUAAAUAUCAACAAACCAUAUCAAAUUUGAAAAAAAUGUCAAUUGAGAAACGAUCGAGUGUUCUUUAUCGCAAAUUAAAAGGAAUGACAGAUUUUUUGGGCAAAAACCAAUCUGAACUAUCUAGGCACGCGACAAUGAUCCAAGGCUUGAAUACCUUACAAAAAGAAAACGUAAGACCCAAUGACGAGUUAAAGGUGUUCAAAGAAAAACACGAAAUCGCAAUUUUCGACCUGACCAAUCAUUUAAAUACAACUGAGAGAAGAUAUCAAGAUGCUUUAGAGUGUGAAAGUCUCACUGAGUUUGACUCAAAAUUCGAAUCUGAAAAACAAAAAAUUUUUGAUAGAGAAGAGUUGCCAACUCUCCAUGAAAUUGAAUUGAAAGAAUCACGUGAAAGAAUUCAAGAAUUGGAAGAAGAACAGCGAAACACUUUAUCAACAUUAAAAGAUUUACAGCGGGAAAGUUUGCUAAAGCAAACACAAAUUGAUAACCUAACGCAUGAAACUAAAUCUGCGAAAAAAGAAUCGUCAAGAUUGCAAUCGACACUUGAUGGUGUAAGAAAUCUCUUAUCUAAGUAUGAAUUUGAAUUAGAAGAAUCACGUAGAAGAAUUCAAGACUUAGAAGAGGAACGUAGAAACAAUUUGUCAACAUUAAAAGAAUUACGAUACGAAGAUUCGUUAAGCAAAACACAAAUUGAUACCCUGACGCAUAAAAUCAAAGCUACACAACAAGAAUCAUCAAGGUUGCAAUCGACACUUGAUGGUGUAAGAAAUCUCCUAUCCAAGCAUGAAGCUGAAUUAGAAGAAUCACGUAAAAGAAUUCAAGACUUAGAAGAGGCACGUAGAAACGCUUUAUCAACAUUAAAAGAAUUACGAUAUGAAGAUUCGUUAAACAAGACACAAAUUGAUACCCUGUCACAUGAAAUCAAAUAUACGAAACAAGAAGCAUCAUGCUUGCAAUCGGCACUUGAUGGCAUAAGAGGUAUAUGUAUUCAUAAAAUUGAAUUACAUGAACCACGUGAGAUCAAAUCUGCGAAAAACGAAGCUUCGCAAUUGCAAUUGAUGCUUGGUGAACUCGAGUCUGAAAAACAAAAAAUGAUUGAUUAUUAUAAAAUAGAAUUGCAAAUACAUAAUUUGCAAUCUUUCAACGCUAUUGCAAAUUUGCCUUCUGAUAUCUUGUCUUCCAAUAUUAACAGCGCAACUCCAAUUCGUGAUAACAGAUUAAUUUAUUUUAUGAACACUUUAUCCUCUAAUCGUUCCGGUAAUAUCAUCGCGCCAACAAAAAUUCGGCAACAAUUAUUCGUUUCCUUGAGAUCACGUGGUUACAACAAAACAGAUCAUCCGACAAUUGAUUUGUUCACAGAAUUUAAUAAAUGA